GAAAGUGGGUGAAGGACCUCCCCCACUCAAGUGUAAGUGGGGCAUAUAUGUUUCUGGUGAUUUAAUCUAAAAAUGGGCAGAGGAGAGUUAAUCCUGUCUUCAAACCACUUAGAUUAAGAAAAAUAGGGAAAGGCUUCUUGUAGGAGUGGAACUCUAGCUGAAACUUGAAGGAAAGCAAAGAAGCCAGAAGGUAGAAAUGAGAUGAAGAGGGAGAGUGUUUCAGGCAUAGGGGACAAUCCUUGGAAACUCAUAGUUAGAAGAUGAGUAUUUUAUUCAAGGAACUACAAGGAAGUCAAUGUCACUGGAUCGAAGAGUACAUGGAAAGAACUGUAAAGUAUAGUGGCGGUCAAGUUAUAUGGGCAUUGAAAGCCAAAAAGAGGAUUUUUGUAUUUGAACCUGGUGAUAAUAGUAAACUAGUGAAAUGUUUUGAAUAAGGAGGUCAGGCUAGAAUUUAAGUAAGAUCAGAUUGACAGCAGUGGUGUUGGAAAAAAAACUUGAAGUAGAGAGACAACCAAGCAGACUAUUGCAGUAGUCCUGAGGUGAUAAGGGCCUGCCCCAAAGUGGUGGCAGUGUCAGAGAAAAGAAGAGGGCAUAUAUGAGAGGGGUUAUAAAGAUAGAAAUGACAAGACUUGGCCAUUAGUUCUAAAUGGGGGAGAGGAUAAAAAAAGAGUGAGGAGUCAAGGAUGUCACCUAAGUUGUAAGCCUGGGGUGAGAGGAUACUCUCAAUAGUAAUGGGGAACAUAAAAAGAAUGGAGCAUUUGAGGAAAAGAUAAGUUCUGAUUUGGACUAGUUCAAGAGGUCUAAUAGGCAGUUGGAAAUGCAAGCCUGGAGGCUGAGAAAGAAGAAAGAGUUUGAUAAUUGAUUCUGAGAGUCAUCUCUAUAGAGAUGGUAAUUGAAACUGUCGUAGCUGAUGAGAUCACCAAAUGAAAUUUUGAGGAAAAAGAGAAGAGAGCCCAGGAUAGAACCAUGUGAGAUACCAAAGUUAGCAAGCCUGAUGUGAAUGAUGGAGAAGGAAUGGUGAGCUGGAUAGAAGAGAACCAGGAAAGAGCAGUGUCUUAAAAACCUAUAGAGAAGAGAAUUUCAAGGAGAAAAGGAUAAUCAAUAUUGUCAAAGACUACAGAGUGGUAACAAAGGAUGGGGAUUGAGAAAAGACCAUUAGAUUUGUGAAUUAAAAGAUCAAUGGUAAAAUAAUGGUUAAGGGAAAGGAGUUUCAUUUGGAUAAUCUUGAAGUCAGAAGUGAGACUACAGAUUUUAAAAAAUAGUGAGAGGAAAGGAACUGGAGGCACCUGUUAUUGAUGAUUUCGAAAAAUUUAGCCAUAAAAAGGGAGAUUAGAUGACAGUUGGCAGGAUGGAUAAGUCAAUUGAGAGUUUUUUUGAUGAUGGGGCGACAUAGAUGUGUUUGUAGCUUAUAGAAAAACAGCUUGUAGGUGAGGAGAGAUUGCAGAUAAAUAAGAGAAUAGAGAUGAUAGAGGAAGAGUCCAUAUGGCUGUUGGAGGAGAUGGCAUGGAAUAGGAUUAAUCAUUUGUACAACAUAGAGCAGUUUCCUUAGCAAGAAUGGCCACCUCAUGUGACAGAGGGAUGAAGGCAGAAAGUAUAACCGAAAACUCUGGGAGAUGUGAAUUGAGGAUAAGGGAAAAAGAGGAAGCUCUCAGCAAAAGGCCUCAAAUUUUCUUUUAAUGAACUAUAAGAAAAAAGUUCUCAGUCAAGACAAUGAGGGGAGGGGAAACUGUGGAAGGCUUAUGGAUGAAAAGGAUUGGGAAAGGCACUAUCCAGAGUGGGGUAGUGGAUCAAUUAGGGAGGUUUAAAAGGAUGGCUUUGCUGCAGUGAUGGCCCAAUUGAACUUACUAGCAUAUAUUUGUAAUGAAUACAGUCAGCACGCUUUAAUGAUUUUCUCCAACCUUGUUCAGCAGCACAUAAGUAGGAGCAAAUGCAGCAGAUGGUGAGAGUAAUCCAGGGCUGAGGCUUGGCAGGACAAGAUUGACAGGAAGUCAACCACUUGACAUCCUGUGGAUUAUGAAUGCAGUUCUUUGCUUGGUGUACUACAGAAAAUGAAUGAAGGGGCUGAAUAUUAUCUUAAAUGCAAAAAAAAAUUGAAGUUAACAAGAGCUAUUAACCACAGUUGGAAUGCUGUACCUGUGAUGCAGAAAUACUUAGAGGGACCAGUCAUGCAACAAUCUAUCAUUGUCCUUUGUGUUUAAAGAUGACAUUUCUGGUGAUGUUGCUACCCAAGUGUUCAUGAACUGCAGUCUUUUCCACAUUGAGACUGACCUCAGAUUAGCAGCUGUGGCCACUACAGAUGCUGAUUUGACAGUGACAGAACCCAGCAGCUCUGAUAGCCGGGGGGAGAGAACUGACCUCUAUGCAAAUACUGAUGAGGCCCUCCUUGGAGGAGAAGCUAGCUACCUGUCUCAGCCCCUCACCCCGGAGAAGGAAGAUGCACUUCACCAGGCUACAGCUGUUGCUAAUUUACGUGCGGCUCUCAUGAGUAAGAACAGCUUGCUGUCUCUCAAAGCUGAUAUGCUAGGAGAUGAUAGCUCUCUGCUGUUUGAAUACUUGCCGAAAGGCACACAUUCAUUAUCUCGGCCUGGCACCAACUUGAAUCGUUCAUGGGGCGAAUUUGAUAGCAAAGUGGAAGCAUCAUCUCCCCAGCUGCCUUCAUCACACCUUUCCAAUCAGAGCCCCCCUGGGAUCUACCAUUCUGGUGAAAUGUCACCAGAAACUAUGAUCAAGGGAGAGAUGCCUCCUUCAGCUCAGGCCACCUGUGAUGGGCUUUUCACCAUGUGGCAGCUGGACACUGACACAGCCUUGUCAGCACUGACUAUGGGCCUUAGUCCUGGAGCGGAAUUUGAACCCACAACCAUCAGGCCCGGAUUAAAUGAAUUCACGGUGAUUAGAAAGAAGUUCAAGUGCCCAUACUGCAGUUUCUCAGCUAUGCACCAGUGUAUCCUGAAGAGACAUAUGCGAUCCCACACAGGCGAGAGGCCUUACCCGUGCGAGAUCUGUGGGAAAAAAUUUACCCGGCGGGAGCACAUGAAGCGACACACACUGGUUCACAGUAAAGACAAGAAAUAUGUGUGCAAAGUGUGUAACCGAGUCUUUAUGUCUGCGGCGAGUGUGGGAAUCAAGCACGGCUCCCGCCGCCACGGAGUGUGCACUGAUUGCUCAGGCCGAGGCAUUGCUGGCCACUUGGAUCAGAACGGAGGCGAAGGCUCUCCCGACGAAAUGUACCCAGGAGAAGGCCAGUAUAUGGAGGAUCCAGAUGACAUCAAAGUGGAGGGCGACGAGGAGUUAGGUGACGACGACGAAAUCAAGUGGAAAGAUGACGUUGGCAUUUCCCAGGAUGAUGUGAUUUUAGAAGAUGACAAAGAGGAUGUUGACUCUCCACAGGAACACGAGAAUUCGGGGGAGCAUGACAAGGAUUUUACUUGGAUUUCAUAGGGAACUGUCUUUGGGAGUAGGGGUGGGGGAGGGAGGGAAGCAGGAAGGAGAGUGUGGAAAAGCAAAGUAGCCCUGUUGUUGUCCACAUGUGCAAGUUUUGUUUGUUUUUGUUUGAUUUCAACAAAUGUAAGUCCUUUAACUGUUUAAUUCAGCUAUUGGUAAAGGCCACUUGAGUGGCAGAAUCUUCUUAUCCCUUUUCCCCACCUUCCCAGCUUCUUUCCCGUUACUUCCUUGGGCUCUUUCUCUUCUCCCUCACCUCCUAAAUCUGCCUUUGCCUCAAUAUGGAAGCAAUCCAAUUGCAUGCAAGUGACUUUAUUUCUGAAGAGAUGAGCUUUGUGAAUGGAGUGAGAAGUUGGGAGAGGGGAAUUUUUCUUAAAGGCAUGAGCUCCUUAUUAAAAAAAAAAAAAAAACCUUCCCCAUCUUCAAUCAAACACCAGGGGUUAAGGGGAUGGCUUCUAUCCAAAGUAAUAAAUAAAAAAUCCAGCAGGAGUGAGUGUGCUCAUCAGUCCAUGCAAACCAACCAGUAUGCAUACAGAUGGCCUCCCCAACCCUUCAGUGAUCACUUUGCAACAAACCUCCAGUAAAUGGGCUUUUGGUUUGGUUCGGUAUUUCCGUGAGGAACCCUGGCUAGGCUAGUCAGCCCUCCCGAGUCUGGUUUUCUGGGGGUGGGGGUUAGGGUUCGGCUCUCCAGGGCCCUCCGUUUGUAGCCGUACCUAGCUCUGUGUUCCAGAUCAGGGUGAUCUCCAAGGAGGUACCAAAUCAUUUCUGGCCUUGUUGGCUUGCGUGAGUCUGGUUUCCAUUCUCUUCUGUACCUCGUGUCCUCCCUUUCACAGGCAUAUGCAAAUUCUGACCAAUCGAAGACAUUUCAAAAAUGGAAAUGAAAAUGGCUAGGAUAUCUUUCUUGACCUUUGUCACCACCCUGAACCACUCCAGCUCUCUGCUUCAAAGGAGAUGGAUCCUGGUACUUUCCUAACCAGAUAAGCCUACUCAGGGGCCAGUUUUGGUUCCUUCCAAACCUCUUUCCCAGUAGAGCCUGACUCCAGCCCCUGGGUGUCCCCUCUGUCUAACGGAGAAGACUUUCCUCGGUUUCAUUCCAUGUGGUUGUCAGCUCACUCUUCCUUCUCAGCCUGAUGCCUUCCUCUGACAAGUUUCAGAAAAUAAGUGUCCUGUUGUACAAGGAAGAAAGGCUCUGCUGAACCUCUCACCUCUGUGCUUUGGUGCUGAAAACAAAACAACAAUCCAAGUUGAAGACCUCACUGUUUUUAUACAGCAUAAAUGGCGGCGGUGGGGCCAUCCUGAAACCUGCCACCACAAUCCCGGUGUGACCCGGUAAGCCAAAUGAUUCAAAGGUGCUAUUUUCCAUGAUGGGAGAGGCAAAGUGCUUGUGAAAGCAUCAAAGGGUCUCAUGACUUCCUUCACUUAAGGCAGGCUCCCUGGGCCUUGGGGAAGAUUUUCCAUCUUUUGGUCCUUGGGGAUUUCCAUGGCUUCGUGCCAAGCAUCUCUUUUCAAGUGGUCAGGGUAAUGUGGAUCUCUGCACCUCACCCAUACUUGGAGAAGUGGCCCUUUAGGCUUCAUACCCUCAGCUCCAUGCCACCCUUUUAAUCCACAGCCACUCUUAGUUCCUCUUUGAAGAAAUGUUCAUCCGUUUUCCUAUGUGUGCUUCCUUCUGGACCUCAGGCAAGCUUUGUGCAACACUGGGGCUCUACCCAGGCAAGCCUGCAUUCUUGGGCUGAAGAGUUCCCCCCAACUCGGGCUAGAGCUGCUAUCAGUUGAAUUUGGUGGAAGAGGAUCACUUGGGCCAUUCUUUGAACCACCUCUACUGAUAGCCCCUGGUACUCUGAGCCAAAGUCUGGGAUCGAUUUCUUUAUUGCUGCUAACACGAUGAAUUGACAAACCUAUCUGCAGUUUGCUGCUUAAACCUUCCAAAAUGGGUAACCAUGUUUUUUGAAGUAGAUGAGGAAUGAUGUUCGUAAUAGGCAUAUCAAACUGUUUUGUUUGUGGUUGGUUGUUUUUCUUUGACAGAUCUGUACAAAGCUGUUUGGCCUUUAGUCUGUUGAAAAGCCAGUUGCUAAUUGUUUGGUUUUUUUCCUAAACAAAGCCACAGAUUGCACCUUUUUGCUUUUUUUUUCUAAGUGCAAAACACAAUCACUCAUCCUGUGCACUGUAUAAGUGUCCAACUCAGCCUAAGCCCAAUACUUCUUGGUCCCCUGUCUGCAUGGCACCAUUUGCCUGGGAUCCUCUAAGUACAACUUCCUUUUCCCUAUUCUUCUAGAGGACAUCUGUUGCAUUUAGACCAAUGCAUCACAGUACUUUUUAAAAUAGCUAUUUUGUGGCUUUUUCUAUAUCAAAGCUAUUUUUAAAAAGACUUCAGUUUCUAAGACAUUCCACAAUUUUUUCUCCACCUUGACUUCAGUGUAGAAAUUUACUACCUUCAGCUAUUGUGUUUUUAAGGGAUAAAAGUUAGAUCCUGGGCUGACUUUUGUUCCCUUCCUCUCUAGGAUGAAUUUGAUUUUGUAUGAAGACUUUUGGGGGUGCUGAGCUUUACUUUAUGUUCAUUUCAAAGUGUUUUACAUUGCUGUUUGUUUUUUUUUUUUGUUUUUUUUCCCCCUAUGGACAGUACAUACCUGUUCUAAUUGUGCCACUUCUAUGCUCUUUAGGCAAAGGAAGCAAAAAAGAGAGAGAGAGAGAGAGAGAGAAAACCCACAAAAAGGCUAACUUGCAAUAGUUAUAAUGAUAAAAUGAUAUAGCACAUGCUUCUAUAUUACUAACAUACACAGUGAGUAUAUAAACCAAAUAAAUCAUUCUGCUACGUGAUAUAGACUUUUAAGUGCGUUGUUUUUGAUGGAGGUGUGCAGAUUUGGAAAUGCAAAGAAUUCAGGUAUUCUUUUCUAAAAUAUUACCCCAUAGGCAGGCAGAGCUCCUGGAUAUUUUUUAUGUAAAAUCAGUGCUAGUUUCUAUAAAAUAGAAGAGGGUACUCUCUAUACAACUUUAUCAGCUGCUUUAAUUAGGAGUAUAAACAUCACUUAGAUGGAAACUUUACUGUCCUUUAUCUCAAACUAGAGUCCGUGAAGAAAAAUGGACACUGAAGAUUUCUCAGUCAACAGGAACUGUGGAACGAAAGGAGCCAAGGGCUCCAUGGCCUGAACUCUUGGCAUCUAACUUGCUGCUUGUUCUUCUCUUGCUCUGGGUUUGAAUUGCCAUUUUUUUGGUUUUCAUUUCUUUGAAGGGCUUAGUUUCUUUCCCCAUUAAUCAGGAAGAAUGUUAGUACUCAGUCAGCUAAGUUUUUUGUCCUCUUUUCUCAAUUUUGGCUUGAGCUCCAGUAACUUAAUCACCUUUUGUACCUCUCUGAGAACUUUGUACCUUUCAUUGGAAGGUCCCUUUUUUAACUGCUUUUCUAAAUACAGACUUAGUUUCUUAGAAAAUACAUUUGGAAACAAGACCUUUGCUACCAAUGGGAAUUUCCUGGUUCAGCCUUCCUCUCAGUUUUGUAUCAAUUUCCCAGUCUCUUUCAGGUUGGGACCCGUUCUAACCACCUUUUGAUAAAAUAUGAUGGCUGGGGACUGCCUCCUUUUCCUGGUGGUCACUUUGCACAUAGCUGAGGAAUUCUUCUCCAGCUCCAAUUCUUUGUGUCUCUCCAAGCUCAGGACACUUUGCUUUCUUGUGGGGUUUUGCUUUUUUUGUUUUUCAAAACUGCUGGUUCUCUCCAAACUGCCCUUAGUACCCUGUCUCUCGGGUUAGCCGUUUGUGCCGUACUGUAUGAAAGAUUUUUUCCCUCAUUUCUAAAGAAUAGUGUACAGGUAAAUUUAGGUUCUGGAUUUCCCCUUCUGCCAAGUACCCUUAAAGUGUUUUUGGAUACUAAUUAGUAAUUUCCUAUUUGGAAUACUCUUUGAAUUUUAAAAUUUGAGGUAUGAACCCAACAUACUCAGAGGGAGGCCUGGGAGGGGAGAAGGGAUGUUAUGUAAUGAAGUUGUUUUGGUUUUUUUUAAGUGACUUACCUUUUCUUAAAAUCAAUGUUUAAGCUAAUAAAGAAAUAUUUUUUUAUGAAAAGGAAAACAGUGUAGAUUACAUUUCACAAUUUGUAUUUUUUUGAAUUGCUUUUUUCAUGUUUCCAAAAUGGAAAAAAUAGUUGAGGGUCGUCUUUUUUUUUUUCUAACUAUAUGAUUUGUGUAUCAAACUCUGGAUCCUGACAAAGUUGUAUAUUUGGGCUCUCUCUCUCUGGGUUAUAGGAUACAGUCAGAACACUGCCAUCUUUCAAUAGGACCUUGGCUAAAAAGACACACCUUAAUGCUUCCAAUUUUGCACAUCUUCCUUUUUAAAAGAAAACUCCAAGAAAAAUGCAAAAACUGGAAUUUUUUGCAAUAUUAUUAAAGAUAAUCUUGUUUUCGCUCAUUUUGUGACAUGUGCAACUCUUAAAGCCAUACUGAUGGUUCUUUUUACUUUUAAAUCUAUCCUAUAUUGUGUUCGAGAUGCUGCCCUUUUUAGAACCAACUGUAGUGAGAGUGCUGUGUGUAUGCUUUUCAUAUAUAUUUAUUUUUUCAACCUGCUUUCAACCUGUUGUCAAACAAGAGACAAAAAGGGCAGUGUUUGAAGUGUUUGAAGAUUAUUGAUUUUUUGCUGGGAAUAUUCUAUAUUAUACUGACUUUAUAUUAAUUAUUAUAAACCUGUGUUUGUAUUGGAGGUGUGUUUAAUAUUUGGGGGGGAAAGAUUUUAGUAACCAGAAGUCAGUGGGAAAACAUGACUGUGUGUUGUACUGAUUUUCUGUAACUGUAGUACAGGUAAAUAUGACUUUAUUUUCUAGUUGAUCUCACAGUUUCUUGUCUGUGUAGGCAUGCCAAAGGUGUGCCUAGAAAUUCUAUUUACUUUAUGUGAUGGGAUUAGCUUAGACAUACUUGCAAAAUGGAUCAGUUUCAAUAAAUCAGGAAAUUGCUGCUAAAAAAA